AUGAGUAUCCCUGACAUGCAAUGGGCCCAGGUGGUGGAGGAGAAGGGCAGCUCCCCAGUCUACAAACAGAUCCCUGUUCCCAAACCAGGACCAGAUGAGAUUCUCGUCAACGUUCGCUAUUCUGGAGUCUGCCAUACAGAUCUCCACGCCAUGAAAGGCGACUGGCCUUUGGCACUGAAGCUCCCCUUGGUUGGUGGCCACGAGGGUGCUGGUGUUGUCGUCGCCAAAGGCGACCUGGUCGAGGAGUUUGAGAUUGGCGAUCACGCAGGUCUGAAAUGGCUGAACGGAUCGUGCCUUGCCUGUGAAUAUUGUAUGCAGUCCGAAGAACCGCUCUGUCCUCACGCCGCCCUAUCCGGGUAUACUGUCGACGGCACUUUCCAGCAGUACGCCAUCGGCAAAGCGGCUCUGGCUUCGAAGAUCCCCAAAAACGUGCCUCUCGAUGCGGCUGCCCCGAUCCUCUGCGCCGGAAUCACUGUCUACAAGGGCUUGAAAGAAUCCGGUGUACGUCCGGGCCAAACGGUCGCAAUCGUCGGUGCGGGUGGUGGAUUGGGUUCUCUCGCACAGCAAUAUGCCAAGGCCAUGGGACUGCGUAUUAUUGCUAUCGAUUCUGGGGACGAGAAGAAGGUUAUGUGUGAGGAGUUAGGAGCUGAGGCAUUCGUUGACUUCAGCAAAUCCAAAGAUGUUGUCGCGGAGGUCAAAGCCGCAACACCGGGAGGGCUAGGUGCCCACGCCGUCAUCCUUCUCGCCGUUGCCGAGAAACCCUUCCAACAAGCUACAGAAUACGUCCGUUCUCGCGGCUCUGUCGUUGCUAUUGGUCUUCCAGCUGGCGCCUUCCUGAAGGCUCCUGUCUUCAACACCGUGGUCCGUAUGAUUAACAUCAAGGGCAGCUAUGUUGGAAACCGACAGGAUGGUGUCGAGGCUCUGGAUUUCUUUGCACGUGGUCUGAUCAAGGCACCUUUUAAGACGGCUCCUCUGAAGGAUCUGCCAGAAAUCUUUAAAAUGAUGGAACAAGGCCAAAUUGCUGGUCGGUACGUUUUGGAGAUUCCACAGUAG